GCUUGUGACGUGCGGGGACUGCGGUGGGCCCGGGUGCUGCGGCUGCCGCAGCGCCCGCCGCGGCUCGGGCUCUGGCUCCCCGGCAUUUAAAGGGGACGCGGCGGCGGCCCCGGGGAUGGGGGGCAGGUGGAAGGGACGGAGCAGAAGCACAUCAUCCACGGUCCCUCGGGGCUGGAGGGACGCGUGAGCCGGAGCUCAGAAAUCCGGGGGUGGAUAAGACCGCGUCCCCCCCAAUUCCCGAGCUCUGGAUGACAACUGGAGACCAACCAAGUUUCUAAAGGUGGAACUCAGGAUAAUACACUGACAAUGAGUGGGUGCUUUCCGGUUGUUGGAUUACGAUGCCUGUCUAGGGUCUUGGAUGUGCCAGCGACCCUGGCUGUGGCCCGCUAAUCAGCCUCUUCCUGGCCGGCUCCCGCCGCGCCGCCUCUCGCUUGCCCCCUCCUCCUGCUCCUCUUCCCCCUGCUCCCAGGACGGCAGGAUGGCCGCGCCGGGCGCGCCUCGCUUCCUCCUGACCUUCGACUUCGAUGAGACCAUCGUGGAUGAGAACAGCGACGACUCGAUCGUGCGUGCUGCGCCAGGCCAGCAACUGCCCGAGAGCCUGCGUGCCACCUAUCGGGAGGGCUACUACAAUGAGUACAUGCAACGCGUCUUCAAGUACCUGGGUGAGCAGGGAGUACGGCCCCGGGACCUGCGCGCUGUCUACGAGACCAUCCCCCUGUCGCCAGGCAUGGGCGAUUUGUUGCAGUUCAUAGCCAAACAGGGCUCCUGCUUCGAGGUUAUUCUCAUUUCGGAUGCCAACACCUUCGGUGUGGAGAGUGCCCUGCGUGCCGCUGGCCACCACAGUUUAUUCCGCCGCAUCCUCAGCAACCCGUCGGGGCCCGAUGCGCGGGGACUGCUGACGCUGCGGCCCUUCCACACGCACAGCUGCUCGCGCUGCCCCGCCAACAUGUGCAAGCACAAGGUGCUCAGCGAAUACCUGCGUGAGCGGGCCCGCGACGGCGUGCACUUCGAGCGCCUCUUCUACGUGGGUGAUGGUGCAAAUGACUUCUGCCCCAUGGGGCUGCUAGCGGGCGGGGAUGUAGCCUUCCCGCGCCGCGGCUACCCCAUGCACCGCCUCAUCCAGGAGGCACAGAAGGCUGAGCCCAGUUCCUUCCGCGCCCACGUGGUGCCCUGGGAAACGGCCGCCGACGUGCGCCAACAUCUGCAACAGGUGCUGAAGACGUGCUGAAGACCAUCGCCUGCAAGGGGUGCCCGGGACAACCAGCGGAGGAGGGGCGGGGCUGGGAAUUGGUUAGGACCACCUAGUUUUACUACCCUCCCUCUUUCCUUUCCGCUUUGCUGUGCUCCUCUGGUCGGUUCUGAAAUUCGGUCCGCUUGUGGCUGGGAGCGGGGGGUUCAGAGCCGUCCCUGUCUCUGCAGUUAACACAGCUCAGCUGCCUUCCCUCCAGGGAGGUGAGCACCCCUUGGAAGGCAGGCAGUGUCCCUCGAACUGAGAGGAACGGGCUCCUAGAAGUUGGGAGAAAGAACAUCUCCCACUUACUUUAGCUGCUGCAUAACCUCCUCUGCCCAGCCUUUCAAACGGACUCAGGAUCCCCCAAUCCGCAUGCCAGUACCAGAUUUCCUCGCGGCAGACCUAUGAUGCUCUCAGAAGAUAACUCUAGGUCUCUCGAUCUUGCUUCAGCCAACGCAACCCUAAACUGCCGCUGCGCUGGCUGCGCCUUGCUUCCUUCCCACCCCCCACCCCCCAGCCAGACACACACCCCCCCAAGGAAGAAAAAGCCAGAACAACCGCCUCUUGCUGAUGGAACGAGGUAGAACCGACCAAUGACCUCGGAGAGUGUGAUGACAAAUCCUCGCAUUCUGGCAAGAGACCAGGGACUUCACCAAAGUCGUCCCCGCCUCAUCCCCCUCCACCCCUAUGGAACAGAAAGCCAUGUUUUUAAGCAGAGCCAGGGAAAGCCAAGCCCCUCCCCUCUCUGGAGUUUCAGACCAAUAAAGGAGGUGAAGGGGGACACAGGGA